AUGCAGAGCCACCCCAUGGCCCUCAUCUGGAACGUCAACUCCACCACUGCCUACGUCCUUGGCGACAGCUACCUCACAUCGUCUGCUAUGGAAUCCUGCAGAAAGCUGUGGAAGUGGGAGAGAUUCUCCUAUUUUCAUGAGUCUAAAGAUGUGCACCUAGUCAGCUCCUGCAAUGGCCUGAUCUGCCUGUGCGACAACAAGGAGUGGACCGGUGGCGCGGUCACGGUUGUCAAUCCGGCCACCGGUGACACACUGCCUGUCCCGCCGCUGCCGGUCUCUAAAUUGUCCGUCAGGAGCCAUGGGGCAAAGAUAUGGCAGGAGGCGUACAACUUUGCGUACCAUCCGACAACGGGGAAGUACAAGGUGGUGCACGUCCCAUGCAAAUGUGAUCCGAUCUUCGUGUUCAAAACCGUGCAGGUGUUCACGCUGGGGGAGAAGACGUGGCGGGACGUGCCGGCCCCUGCCAACGCGAGGUGCAAGCUUGCAGUGGGUAUUGUCAGUAUCGACGGCAUGACGCACUUGGUAAGGACGGGCAGCCGACGGACGGUUGUGUCGUUUGAUCUGGACGCCGAGUGCAUCGUCUCCACCACAGGGCUGCCCCCGCUGCCGGACAGACGUGAGAGCUACCAACUGACUGCAGUGCACGGAAGGUUGGGCCUUGUGACAACAUCCCAGGACGUGUGGGUUUUGGAGAACCGGAGGAGGUGGAGCCAUAGGUAUAACCUGGGGCACCGUGUCCCGCUGCCCCAGUUCGUAUACGGUGAGCAUGUCAUUACAUGGCAAGGACGGUCGUUUUACACACACCAGCUAAGAAGCGGGCCAUUGUCGGCAGGUUGGAGGCAGAGAUCCAAGUCCGAUAACACCAUGGUGCGGAUCGGCCGCCGGGACGAGGGCAUGCUGGUCGCAUACAUGAACUGCAACAACUACCAGAUGUUCGCCUAUGUAAAGACCAUGGAGCCACUCAGUGUUUACUCGACAAAUUAUAGUACUCCCUCGGUCCCAUAG